CUGACGACUGUCAAGUCCUUUAAGUUAUUUUUAUGUACAAGCCAGGCGUUUUAAAGGCAGCAACGCGUAGCAUUUAUGUACGUCAACAAUAUUUUGAAUACAUUUUGCCGCUAUUAUUUGUAGAUAUGAAGUAACUGAUACAGGUUGUAAACAAAUCGUGCUUUUGCUAUUGUUUGAAUGUAUAUUAACACGAAUCGGCACUUAACAUAAAUCACAAGUUCAGCUUUUUUCAUAAUUUAGUGAUAGGAUUUAAAACACGUUUUAAUAUUGUUUAUUGUUAUAUUAGAAAAAAACCCAUCGCAGAUAAACUCAACUCGUGAACGUGUGUACUGUUUGGGUUUAGCGAUGUAGAAUGAAAAAGAAACCAGGCUGAUAAAAAUAUUUUAUAUCUUGCGAAUGCAAUAAAUGGUCAAUAUGUGGAGUAAAUACUUCUGUGAAGAUUUGAAAACUGACUUGCAGUUCGUUCAACUUGACUACAAAUAUAGUAAAGGCAACAAAAAUGUCUCACGUAUGGUAACAAAACCUCACUGAAAUUUGAUAAUAAUGUGACUAAAUAAAACAGAGUGCAGAAACUAGUUCUCAUCACUUCUGGAAGUAAUGGAAUCACAUUGACGAGUGCAUGUAGUGAUUCCCAGUACAUUCUCCAGCUAUCAAUAUUUAAAUGUCAAUUAGAUAGAAAUCGCACGCUGUUACUUUAAAAAGGGACGUGGCUUUUUACAAUUAAUUUCAGAAGGCUAACGCCCAUUUUGAUUAGUAAUAAUAGAGGGCGGUGUGUUGUGCAGUAACAUAGCCAUUACGAUGUUAUAUUGCGAUUUUUACGCGUGUGAUGUUUGGGCAUGUCGGGGCACAUCGUAGCUGCACCAGCGGUCCCUCUCCACCACCGAGUUCCUGCGCUGCUGUGUCGGCUCCAGUGAUAAGUGAGUCAGCACUCGGGCUCCAAUCAUGUUGGAACAUGUUACACCUCCAAUUCCCAGAGCCCAGCAUUCAAUAUAGAGAACAGCAGGGAGAGUCUAGCCCAGACAUGUCCAAGCACGGCUAUUUAAACCCGAGCAAACGCAGGGAAUAGGUCUGCAUUGCCAAGGAACGUAUAGGAGAAGCACUUUAUGUACAGUUCAGAGUAAUUUAUGUAUAUCGUAUGUUCUAAUUUUAAAGGUAUCACAAUGGCAACCUCAACAGAAAACUGCUUAAGCAAUUCACUGAUAAAUACACCAGAGAAUGAAAAACUGGUGAAACCGAAAGCGCAGCUGCUUUCAUUGCUCCGCUGCGGCGGUGCAGAAAAGGACAUUUUCACAAUGAAAGAGGUUAUGUUUUACCUGGGGCAAUACAUCAUGGAUAAAGAGCUGUAUGACAAGAAACAGCAACACAUAGUCCACUGUUCUAGUGAUCUUCUAGGAGACGUUUUGGGAGUACACAGCUUUUCUGUGAAAGAGCCACGGGUAUUGUAUGCAAUGAUCUCCAAAAACCUGAUAGCUGUCAAAAAUCCAGAUCUCCACAUAGCCAUAACAGAACCCAGGUGUCAGAGUGAAACAGAUAGAGGUCCAGAGGUAUCAGGCAUGGAUUCCAAUGAAGAGAAUGGUACUGCAUGUAGUCCAGCUACCUCUGGAAGGAGACGUCGGAAAAGUAACGAAUCUGACAACACAUCUGCAGAUGACGAUAUUGAUGAGAAGGAGGAGAGUGAGCAGCGUAGGAAAAGGCACAAAUCUGACAGCAUCUCACUUACUUUUGACGAUAGCUUGUCUUGGUGUGUGAUUGGCGGAUUACGUCGGGGGCACGGGAGCUGUGAGUCGUCCUCGGAUUCUCCCACUAAUCCUGAAGCUGACAUUGUUUCCGGCAGUGAAGACUCGGACGAAACUUGGUUCAGCCAAGAUUCCGACUCGGACCAUUUCAGCGUGGAGUUUGAAGUGGAAUCUGUUCACUCGGAUACUUACAGUCAGAACGAAGAGGCACAGGAGCUGACUGAUGAAGAUGACGAGGUUUACGAAGUCACCAUCUUCGAGGCUGAAGAUGACUCCUUUGAUGAGGACACAGAAAUUUCAGAAGCGGAUUACUGGAAGUGCUCAAAGUGUGACGAACUCAACCCACCUCUUCCGGGCCGAUGUCAUAGAUGUUGGUCACUCCGUAAAGACUGGUUUCCAGAAUUCAACAAUCCCAAAUCCUGGAACGCAAAGUCAGCUGCCCUGGACAAGCGAGGUCUAGAGGAAGGCAUUGAUGUUCCAGACGGCAAGAGAAUCAUUUCAGAUCCCUCUUGCGGAUCGACGUUGGACGUGAACAAAAGCAAAGAUGUUUGCUCCUUGGAGGAUUGCGCAACGUCUGCUUCCAAAUCUCAGGAGACCUUGUCCUCGCUGCCAUCCACCUCGAGCACCAGUAACAGCCAAGAGGAGACCCCAGAGCUGGAGAGGGAGAUCAGUCUGGAGCCCUGCCUCCCCCAGAGCAGCUUGGAGCCCUGCGUGAUCUGCCAGAGCCGGCCCAAAAACGGCUGCAUCGUUCACGGCAAGACGGGUCACCUCAUGGCAUGCUACACCUGCGCCAAGAAGCUCAAGAAGCGUAAUAAGUUAUGCCCAGUCUGCAGACAGCCAAUACAGAUGGUGGUGUUAACCUACUUUAGCUGAGAGCAUGCACAGUAAAGAUUGCUAUUUUAAUAUAAACAAAUAUUAUUAGAAUUAUAUGCAUAUGUUUGAAGGUAAUUGUUGUCUGUUGUUUUUUAAAUGCAUAUUUUUCUUCUAAAAUUUAAAUAUUUUAGGAAAAUUGUAUUGUUAACAACGUAGAUGCCUUUUUGACAGGUUGAGAUCUCAAUUUUAAUAUCGCUGUGGUUUUGGACCAAUGAUUGUUUAUGGUAACAUGUAAAUGUCAUUAUUUUGUGAAAGUGGUAUUGCAUUUCUCUGCAUGUAUACACUAUUGAGAAUACUUGAAGUCGGGGACCAUUCUAAAAUGUGCCUUUAGAGAACAUGCCUCAACCUGCAAAUUCGUAAAGCAGUUCUGAUAGCUAUGAUCAGUGGUUCUCAUUUAUGGCUCUUUCGUUCAAUUCAGUUCCAUUCCAGAACCUACCAUCCAUAUUUUUAGUUAUUGAACUGAACAGUCCACAGCCUUGCUUUGACCUGGGGGGCGCUUCCCUGUAACAGCAGUACUGGUGACACUAAGAUCAUUCUGCUUCUGAACUAUCUUCCUGUGUAUUUCCCAAAACCUCUCAAGAUUCUCACAAGCAUCCAUUUGGUUCACUCAAGGGUAUAAUGGUGGAGGAACAAGUUUAGUCAAUUUUGGUUGAAAUCUACAACCAUGACUAAGUGCUACGUUUCUGAAGAUUCAAAUAAACUGUUCUUUUUAAAGCAGCCAUACACUAUUGUCUUAUCCCGAUUCUUAUCCUCCAUUGUCAUCAGUACAAGUUCCGGAACCACUGGAAACUGAGGGCUGGGGCUCUCUUCAGUAUAGGUUUGGUUAAAGUAGCUUUUGGGAAGCGGCCCCCAACUAUUUUAAUUGCUUCUAAAGCUAGGAGUUCAGUUAAAUAACUUGGUUGGAAUGAACUGAAAGAGAGACAAGCAAUUCCCACUACUGGAGAUCCCGGAAUGCCUGCUGACAUCCAAGUUCUAGAGUUCCAUAAAGUGUGCACAGUGAUGUUUGAGGAGUCAGCGUGCACAGUAGUGCUGUCAGGGAAAAGGAAAGGGUCGUCAGAAGAUCAGUUCAAGGUGUGAGAACAAGUAAGGCCUUUACAAGUGUUUACUUUCAAAUUAUUUGUGACACAUUUGAAGAAUACCUGCCUAAGGUGGUGAGUUUUAACUAUUGUUUUGAAGUUGGUUUACAAUUUCACUGAUUUAAUUUAUUAUUUGUGUUCAUAUGUUGUUUGAAUGGCACAUUAAAUGUAUUACUUACAUAAUUUAUUAUUUAGGUAUAGUAUGAUCUAUGCUUUUCAGAUGGCCCUUGGAUAAUUAGAAUAACUGAAUUUAAAACUUGUAAAUAUGUUAAAUACAGUAGUUUUGUUGUGGUUAUGCAGUUAAAAUGCAUCAAGUUUGUAUUUGAUGCAAACGUAUUUAGAUUUAUGUGAAUUUAAAGUGUCAAAGCGUUUCUAAGAAUAUAUUUUUUAAGGAUUAGAAAUAUAUAUAGAGUAAUCGAGUUUCUUUGUAAAGCUUUUUUCUGCCCAGAUAUUGAACUGCAGUAUAUCAGUUACCCCUCCAUGGCAGUGGGUAUUGUAGCUAAGCUAUUAAUCUAGAAAGCUGCAGGCUCCCAGAGUGCCUGUUAAAUCUGUUGUUAAAAACCCCUAGAACAGUACUUAAUAUAAUGCAAUCUGAUUUACAAAAUAACAUGAACUUUGACAAAAACAAAGUGUUUUAAAUUAAG